AUGAUUGAAAAAAACACACCUGCUUUAGGCCGUGGUAAAGCAGUCCUUCGUGAGAAUAUAAAGGGCAUAACGAAGCCUGCCCUUCGAAGACUAGCCCGUCGUGGAGGUGUAAAACGGGCAUCUGCUGGAAUCUACGAGGAGGCUAGGAAUGCAUUAAAACAUUUUCUGAAAGAAGUCUUAAAAGACGUUAUUACAUAUGUUGAAUACAAAGACAAAAAAACUAUUACUGUAAUGGAAAUGCUAUUAGCGCUGAAAAAACGCGGUAGAACGUUGUAUGGAUUUAGGCCAACAUAG